AUGAGGGGCCAGGCUGCUGCCCCGGGCCCCAUCUGGAUCCUUGCUCCACUCCUGCUGUUACUAUUGCUACUGGGGCGCUGGGCACGUGCUGCCUCUGGGGCAGACAUAGGGCCUGGGACAGAGCAGUGCACCACGUUGGUGCAGGGCAAGUUCUUCGGCUACUUCUCCGCGGCUGCUGUAUUUCCAGCCAACGCCUCGCGCUGCUCUUGGACCCUUCGCAACCCGGACCCUCGUCGUUACACGCUCUACAUGAAGGUGGCCAAGGCACCUGCACCCUGCAGGGGCCCUGGCCGAGUUCGUACCUACCAGUUCGACUCUUUCUUGGAGUCCACACGCACCUACCUGGGUGUGGAGAGCUUUGACGAAGUUCUGCGGCUCUGCGAUCCCUCUGCACCCUUAGCCUUCUUGCAGGCCAGCAAACAGUUUCUACAGAUGCAACGCCAACAGCCACCCCAAGACGGUGACCUCGCUCCCCAGAGCGAGUUCCCCAGCUCUGGUGACGACUUCUCCGUGGAGUACCUGGUAGUGGGCAACCGCAACCCCAGCCAUGCUGCCUGUCAGAUGCUGUGCCGCUGGCUGGAUGCCUGUCUAGCCGGCAGCCGCAGCUCACACCCAUGUGGCAUCAUGCAGACUCCCUGUGCCUGCCUGGGUGGAGAUGCGGGAGACCCUGCUUCCAGCCCCUUGGUCCCCCGCGGGGACGUCUGCUUGAGGGACGGCGUAGCUGGUGGCCCUGAGAACUGCCUCACCAGCCUGACCCAGGACCGGGGUGGGCACGGCUCAGCAGGUGGCUGGAAACUGUGGUCCUUGUGGGGUGAAUGUACGCGAGACUGCGGAGGAGGCCUACAAACUCGAACCCGCACUUGCUUGCCCACCCUUGGCGUGGAGGGCGGAGGCUGUGAGGGAGUUCUGGAAGAAGGCCGCCUGUGCAAUCGCAAGGCCUGUGGUCCCACUGGGCGCACCAGCUCACGGAGCCAGUCCCUGAGGUCCACGGAUGCCCGGCGACGCGAGGAGUUUGGGGAUGAGCUGCAGCAGUUUGGGUUCCCACCCCCUCAGACUGGUGACCCAGCAGCUGAGGAGUGGUCUCCGUGGAGUGUCUGCUCCAGCACCUGUGGGGAGGGAUGGCAGACCCGCACCCGCUUCUGCGUGUCAUCCUCGUACAGUACUCAGUGCAGUGGACCUCUGAGGGAGCAGCGGCUCUGCAACAACUCAGCCGUGUGUCCAGUGCAUGGAGCCUGGGAUGAGUGGUCACCCUGGAGCCUCUGUUCCAGCACCUGUGGUCGUGGCUUCCGUGACCGCACUCGUACCUGCAGGCCCCCUCAGUUUGGAGGCAACCCUUGUGAGGGUCCUGAAAAGCAAACCAAGUUCUGCAACAUUGCUCUGUGCCCUGCUUUGUGUUCCCUUCCUCCCCCGGGCCGGGCAGUGGACGGAAACUGGAACGAAUGGUCUAGCUGGAGCACCUGCUCUGCCAGUUGCUCCCAAGGCCGCCAGCAGCGGACCCGAGAGUGCAAUGGUCCUUCCUACGGAGGCGCUGAGUGCCAGGGCCACUGGGUGGAGACUCGAGAUUGCUUCCUGCAGCAGUGUCCAGUGGAUGGCAAAUGGCAGGCCUGGGCCUCAUGGGGCAGCUGCAGCGUCACGUGUGGUGGUGGAAGCCAGCGACGGGAGCGUGUCUGCUCUGGGCCUUUCUUUGGGGGAGCAGCCUGCCAGGGCCCCCAGGAUGAGUACCGACAGUGUGGCGCUCAGCGAUGUCCUGAGCCCCAUGAGAUUUGUGACGAAGACAACUUUGGGGCCGUGGUCUGGAAGGAGACCCCAGCUGGAGAGGUGGCUGCAGUCCGGUGUCCCCGCAAUGCCACAGGCCUCAUCCUGCGCCGCUGUGAGCUGGACGAGGAGGGCAUCGCCUACUGGGAGCCACCCACCUACAUCCGCUGUGUCUCCAUUGACUACCGGAACAUCCAGAUGAUGACCCGAGAGCACCUGGCGAAGGCUCAGCGGGGGCUGCCAGGGGAGGGGGUCUCAGAGGUCAUCCAGACACUGCUGGAGAUCUCACAGGAUGGCACCAGCUACAGCGGCGACCUGCUCUCCACCAUUGAUGUCCUGAGGAACAUGACAGAGAUCUUCCGCAGGGCUUACUAUAGCCCCACACCCGGGGAUGUGCAGAACUUUGUCCAGAUCAUCAGCAACCUGCUGGCAGAGGAGAACCGGGACAAGUGGGAGGAGGCACAGCUGAUGGGCCCCAAUGCCAAGGAGCUCUUUCGGCUGGUGGAGGACUUUGUGGAUGUCAUCGGCUUCCGCAUGAAGGACUUGAGGGAUGCCUACCAGGUGACAGACAAUCUGGUGCUCAGCAUCCACAAGCUUCCGGCCAGUGGGGCCACCGACAUCAGCUUCCCUAUGAAGGGCUGGCGUGCCACAGGAGACUGGGCCAAGGUGCCAGAGGACAGGGUCACCGUGUCCAAGAGUGUGUUUUCCACAGGACUGGCAGAAGCUGACGAUUCAUCUGUGUUCGUGGUUGGUACUGUGCUCUACCGAAACUUAGGCAGCUUCCUGGCCCUGCAGAGGAACACAACUGUUCUCAACUCUAAGGUCAUCUCCGUGACUGUGAAGCCCCCACCUCGAUCACUGCUCACACCCUUGGAGAUCGAGUUUGCCCACAUGUACAAUGGGACCACCAACCAGACCUGUAUCCUGUGGGAUGAAACAGAUGGCCUGGAACUGGAGAGUCUGGCCCUGGUGACCCUCAGCUGGUGUGACCGGCUCUCCACCUUCGCCAUCUUAGCCCAGCUCAGCGCCGACGCGACCAUGGAUAAGGUGACCGUGCCAUCUGUGACGCUCAUUGUGGGCUGUGGCGUGUCUUCCCUCACCCUGCUCAUGCUGGUUAUCAUCUACGUGUCUGUGUGGAGGUACAUUCGCUCAGAGCGGUCCGUCAUCCUCAUCAACUUCUGCCUGUCCAUCAUCUCCUCUAAUGCCCUCAUCCUCAUUGGACAGACCCAGACCCGCAACAAGGUUGUGUGCACGCUGGUGGCUGCCUUCUUGCACUUCUUCUUCCUGUCCUCGUUCUGCUGGGUGCUCACCGAGGCCUGGCAAUCCUACAUGGCCGUCACCGGCCGCCUCCGGAGCCGGCUCGUCCGCAAGCGCUUUCUCUGCCUGGGCUGGGGGCUCCCUGCAUUGGUGGUGGCCAUUUCUGUGGGAUUCACCAAGGCCAAGGGGUACAGCACCAUGAACUAUUGCUGGCUCUCCCUGGAGGGGGGACUUCUGUAUGCCUUCGUGGGACCGGCUGCUGCAGUCGUGCUGGUGAACAUGGUGAUCGGCAUCCUGGUGUUCAACAAGCUCGUGUCCAAGGACGGCAUCACGGACAAGAAGCUGAAGGAGCGGGCAGGGGCCUCCCUGUGGAGCUCCUGCGUGGUGCUGCCGCUGCUGGCGCUGACCUGGAUGUCUGCUGUGCUUGCUGUCACCGACCGCCGCUCCGCCCUCUUCCAGAUCCUCUUCGCUGUCUUUGACUCACUGGAGGGCUUCGUCAUCGUGAUGGUGCACUGCAUUCUGCGCAGAGAGGUCCAGGACGCUGUGAAGUGCCGUGUGGUAGACCGACAAGAGGAGGGCAACGGGGACUCGGGGGGCUCCUUCCAGAACGGCCACGCCCAGCUCAUGACCGACUUUGAGAAGGAUGUGGAUCUGGCCUGUAGAUCAGGUGAGCGCCUGACAGUGCUGAACAAAGACAUUGCAGCCUGCCGCACAGCAACGAUCACGGGUACCUUCAAGCGACCGUCACUGCCUGAAGAGGAGAAGAUGAAGCUGGCCAAGGGCCCACCCCCCACCUUCAACAGCCUGCCAGCUAACGUGUCCAAGCUGCACCUGCACGGCUCACCCCGCUACCCUGGUGGGCCACUGCCUGACUUCCCCAACCAUUCACUCACCCUCAAAAAGGACAAGGCCCCCAAGUCCUCUUUUAUCGGCGAUGGGGACAUCUUUAAGAAACUGGACUCCGAGCUGAGCCGGGCCCAGGAGAAGGCUCUGGACACGAGCUACGUGAUCCUGCCCACAGCCACGGCCACACUCCGGCCCAAACCCAAGGAGGAACCCAAAUACAGCAUCAACAUUGACCAGAUGCCCCAAACCCGUCUCAUCCACCUUAGCAUGGCGCCUGACGCCAGCUUCCCUACCCGAAGUCCCCCUGCCCGUGAGCCCCCAGGUGGUGCACCCCCUGAGGUGCCCCCUGUCCAGCCCCCACCACCACCUCCUCCACCACCCCCUCCACCCCAGCAGCCCAUACCCCCACCACCCACCCUGGAGCCUGCACCUCCCAGUUUGGGGGACACAGGGGAACCUGCGGCCCACCCGGGACCCAGUUCAGGUGCUGGGACCAAGAAUGAGAAUGUGGCCACCUUGUCAGUGAGCUCCCUGGAGCGGCGGAAAUCACGGUACGCAGAACUGGACUUUGAGAAGAUCAUGCACACACGGAAGCGACACCAGGACAUGUUCCAGGACCUGAACCGGAAACUGCAGCAUGCGGCUGAGAAGGAGAAGGAGGUGCCAGGCGUAGACAGCAAGCCAGAGAAACAGCAGACUCCCAACAAGAGAGCCUGGGAGAGCCUCCGCAAGCCCCACGGGACACCCGCCUGGGUAAAGAAGGAGUUGGAGCCACUGCCCCCGUCUCCACUGGAGCUGCGGAGUGUGGAGUGGGAGAAGGCGGGUGCCACCAUCCCACUGGUUGGCCAGGACAUCAUUGACCUCCAGACCGAGGUCUGA